AUGCCCCUAGGUCCUUUCGAUUCAGGUCUUGACGAUGCUCACUCUGUCACUUCACUUCAACUUUUGUCUGCUCAACCACAUGACCAGGUCCCACAAGCCUCAACUCUCGCCCGAGCAGGUAGCGGCCGUCAAAGCCACGCUCAAGCACCUGUCCGCACUAGCGUCCGAUGCGGUUGCCAAGAUGAGAUGCAGGAGUCUUUCGUCCCCGACAUCAACGCGAUGGAACACCGGAUUGCUGCUGCGGCCCACGUGCUGAAAUCGGCUCAAACCGUUGUCCUUGCUUUCUUAUGGCGUAUGGCGCGCAAACCAGAUGGCAAGAUCACGCGCGCUGCUACCAGCCUGGAAGCGUCUGUCGAAGACUUCACAGAGAGGUUGAAGCACGCUCCGGCACUCCCCGAGGUGUCAUCGAAUCCCGAGGGGUUAAUCGAACUGAAUGAGAGCCUACUCAGCGAUAUCAAGAUUGUGAUUGAGGAAAUUAAGAGCUUCAAAACGACUUUCGACGGCAUGAAGGAGACCUUGAAAGCCACCGCAGCCGCGAUGAUGUCUCAGCACGUCGAGCAGGUGCGACAGGGGAAUCGGAGAUCGAACGGUGAGAGAGCGCAGCUGCUGAAGGGAGAGCCACAGAAGACCCAGAUGUGUAUGCCAUGCUCAGCUUACCUUGCAACCCUGUCUUUAAUGGCUUAUACGGAGCACUGGCAACCCACACCGUCCAAAGGGCCCGCCGUCCGAAGGCAGACUGAAAAGCUUGAGAUGCUUUACUCGUCCCUACCCGCCGCCCAGCCGACCGGACUGUGUGCGUCCAGCACCAUCUGUCCUCAUCGGUGCGAGCUGUUGGCGAGCGGCAGCACACUCACCCUCCCUUCCCAGCACACCGCUGCCCAUAAGAGACCUCCCCUCCUUCCUCCCCGUCCCCUGCACUCUUCGUCCCUCAUACUUCAUUCUCUACCCCUCAUUCUACAUUCCAUCAUCCAUCCGCAGAGCCUUUCCCUUCAUCCACCAUCAACCACCACCAUGCGCGCCACCAACACCUACCUCUACCGCCGCAACAGCCGUCUUGUUAGUCUCGAGACCCUUCUAAGCUUCCUCGAGAUCCGCAAGGCCAUCAUUCUCGAGUAUCUCCACCAGGCCGCGGCCGACUGCGAGGCCCACCUCCGCCAGCUCCAGGAAGACGCGCACUACACUCCCGUCGGCGUCUACCGCCUGAUCUGCGCGGCGCACGAGGUCCACCUGACCUACUCCUCUGCGCAGGGCUGCAUCCCCGCCGUUAUGCAGGGGGUUGCGGGCACGAUUGUCGUCUGUGGGGAGGCUCUCACCUCCUUUGGCACUCCCCACGGGGCCGAGCGCCGCGUGGCGCGCGCGUGUAUCGACCACAUCCGCGACAUCGAGAGCAUGCUGGAGGAGCUUGAGGACCUGAGGCUGGAGCUCUGGGCGUAUGUCAUUGACAUUUACGCCCAGUGGCUCUAG